ACCACUGAGACACCAUCAUGCAGUCCUGGGCUUUGGUUUCGAUUGUAGCCGUGCUGUCUGCAACAUGCCGGUCGCAGGCUUACCCGCUGUAUUCAGGGAGCAACCACGUGCCACAAGGAGAUUUGUACCAGAGGAUGGGAGACAGUGAGGAAGGGGACCUGACAGACAACGAAGGGAUGAGGCAGUUUAAGAAUGUGUAUCCCUUACUACUGACACAGGAUGAGGACACACAGGGCACACUGAGGGCUGCUUGGGUGAAAGGUACUAAGGAUUCUGCACAGCACGAGAAGAUCAGCAAUAUGGCCAACGAUAUAAAGUCUGCAGUGCUGAAACUGGCAGCCGCAGAGAAACUGAUAACCCACAGUUUUGUGAAAUCAGACCAGAACACGCAGAAACCAGCCAAGAGAGCUUGCUUUUGGAAAUACUGCGUGACAAAGUGAGACCCCCUCUCCUCCAGCAGGGUGACGGACAGCCCCUCCUUCUAGAAGCACUAGCAUACCCAUUCCUGGCUCCUGGGGCUUCCCACAUUAAACUCGCUGCUCACUGACAGAAUGUGUCAAUCACUUUGUACAGAGGAUGGAAGCUAUUCAAUAAACACGUUCUUUAAUGACA